CAGCAUCUGGGUUCCUCACUGGGAAUAAUCACCUCGUAAUUUCAAUGCACCGCUAGACAAUUCCUUUCGUUUUGGGUGCGGGGCUCCUUGCCUGUUUAUCCGAUGUGACCUAUUACUGCAAGACCGAAGGCACUUGGAAAAGAGCCCAACCACCAUCAGACCAGAUCACGCAUCGGAAACUAAGGGAAAGGGCCGCUGACCAAGGAAUCCGGACUGUCAUUGCAACCUCUUUGUCUGUUGUAGGACUCGCCCCACCAUGUCUGACUAUAAAGAAUCCACCGACCAGGGGACGACGAAUGGCUUCUUACCGCAUCAAGGCGGAGCUCAUCACGACGUCCCGUCAAUCAUACCUGCCCCUGGAGCGCUACAUAAUAUAGGAUUUGGAACCUCUGCUCGUCGAAAUUCUCCCAGUCGAUUGAUUAUAAGUGAACAUUCCAGAGCCUCUAGCAGGUCCGAUAGAGGCUCUUUUUCGUCCGUCAAGGAAGACUUAGUCGGUGGACCUCAGGCCUUCUUAGAUUCCAGAAGUUUGAAGAGCUCUACUAUUCCCAGGGACGCGAUCGCAUCCAAUUCCCCAAUUGACUCUCCUGCCGUGAUGCCCGUUCAAGUUCCCCAUGGCCCAGAGUUUUGUUGCCCUUGCGGCAGCUUCAGGGGCUGGAAACAGAUUAGACUCGGAGGGAGGAAACUGAGCAAGAGCUAUAGUGAUUUGCGCGCCUUCGGCGGUGAUGGAUGGUAUGAUUGGGGGUGGGAGGAAGAGAAAACUCCUGCUCCAAGGCCAUCUGAAGAGCCGUCCCUGACAACUCACUCAGGUCAAUCAUUUUUGGAAAGAUUGCCCACAGAAAUCCUCGACCUUAUUAUAUCUUAUUUAGUAGUCGAUCUCCCGCCUAAUGGAUAUGCACCUCGAAAUAUGGAUCUCAUGUCAUGCCUUCUCACCUCACGAACGCUACAUGCGACUACAAUCUCAAUCCUUUACCGGCAAAUCACCAUACCACAGUCACCAGUCUUCUCGAAAUUCUUGUCGCAGCUCUCGCAGUAUCCUGCUCUGGGCACGGUAGUCCGACGGCUUGAUCUUUCUCACUUCACUUCAGUUGGACUAGGACGCACCCGGCGAAUGAAUGCAGAGAUCCAGAAUCUCACGGGCACCACGUUACGAAAGUGCCUUGAUCUCAUGCCACAACUUCGAGAAUUUCUUGCACAAGAACACAUUGAAGAUGAUUUAGACGAGAAAGUGCUGUGGAAAAUAUUCUGUGAGUUGCCGCAUCUUCAAGCGGUUGAUCUCUCAGGAUGUUCUUCGGUGGCAUUCCGUUCUUCCAUUGAUGCGGUCCUCAGCCCCGACAACCCGCAUCUACCGUAUAAUCUUGUGUUGAAGCGCCUCUGCUUGCACGAAUGUAGCACCAUAUCCGAUACAACGCUGGAGCAUCUCCUCUCCCGCCUUCCCCGCCUGACGCAUCUCGAUCUGGCUCAUACCCAAGUCACGAACCGUGCCUUACAUUACCUUCCGCAUACCGCGAAUCUGACGCAUCUAAAUCUUAGCAAGUGCACACAUCUGACGGGAGGAGGAGUAGUCAGCUUUCUGACGACACAUCCCGCUGUCAACGAAAGCCUUGUUUACUUGAACCUUUUUUGCGACAUUUCUCGAUAUCGGCUGCUCAACCAAGAAGACGUCGAAGGAUUGUUGCCAAAGCUCCCGACCUCACUGCGGUCAUUGAAUUUGAGCGGUGCAAAGAUUAUCGGCGAACAUGUUUCUCUGCUACUUCCUCUAACCAAGCACCUCGAAGAGCUGAGCUUAGGGUACGCAGACCUUAGCGUCAAGGAAGUAAACUCACUCUUCAUCCCUCCGUCAGAACAACCGGACGGGAUCACGGUCGCGAAGGAGGAAUGGCAGCCAUCGAGUCUUCGCUACCUCGACCUCACUGGAGUCGCAUCGAUCACUCUUGGGACCCUCUUCACCCAUUCGUCUGUUCUGCUGCUCCCGACAACGCAACCUUUGGAAGUGAUUGAGUUUGGAGAGAAGAUGAUAAACACACUUCAGGAGCGCCCUUCGACCAAUGAGCGCCUUGGUUGGGCAGUGCGAGAACUCGGGCGUCGAGGCUGGUACGUUCGAAAACGGAAGCCGGGAAUCGAUGGGGCCAGCCCUGACAAUGGGCGACGGCCAUGGAAGAUGGGUGCGCAAUGGUGGGGGAUGCGCAAAGUCCCCGUGGCUUGGAGCGAAGUCGGUGGUCUCUAUGGACAUUACAUGUUUAAAAAAUAGGACUUGGUUCUUUCUGUGUAUGUGCGCCAGGACUUGGGUUUGUGGCGUUUAGGUCAUUGAUUGUUUUUGGAUAACCCAUAUUCAAAAUGGCGACUCAUCUGGAAAAGCAUUAUGGCAUCUUUAAGUUUGUUGUUCCUUUGCACAAAAGGAAAAAGGCUCAUAUUCAACUCAUACAUGUACAUAUAAUUUGUAUAUUUCCGUUAUGCAAUGGUCGUGCAGAGUGACGUACCUGCAGACCUUGUUGCUAUCACGGAUGAAACUUUUCUCUUGGAACGGUCUAGAGGGCCUGGUACGAAGUGGAAAAUAUAAGCUUCGUCCAUGCGUGACAAUUUGGUUCCGUUAUAUGAAAAUAUAUACGAGUC